UAUUGACACACACACAACUGAAUCUAUAAAACAUUUUUAUAAAUAAUAUUUUGUUUCGAUACAAAGUAUUUUAUUUUUAAUUUUAAUUUUCGUAAUGAGGAAACUUGUAGUUAUAUUUACCUUUAUAGCUGUUGCUGCAGCAUGGGUCAAGGAUAUGGAAAAUCGUGGAUUAUAUCAAGGGGAUAUGGUAUUAUCGCCAUCUGAAAUUGAAGAAGUUAAAAAAGGGACUUUCACGUUUUCUGCACUUGGAGAUUUAUCUAAAAUGUGGCCCAACGCAGUUGUACCAUACGUUAUAGACUCAUCUUUAGCUAAGGAAAAAAAAGCGAGAAGUGGAAUUGAAAGUGCAAUAGCCGAUUACCAUAAAUACACAUGUUUAAGAUUUAAACAGAGAACAAACGAGGUUGAAUAUAUCAGAUUUUGGCGGGGUAGCGGAUGCUCAUCGCCUGUUGGUUUCACUAAAGGUAGAGUAAAUGACGUAUCACUUUCAGAUGGUUGCUGGGGAAAAGCUACUGUUUUGCAUGAAGUGGGUCAUAGCUUAGGUUUUCAUCACGAGCAAACUCGACCAGAUAGAGAUAAAUAUGUGACUAUUGUGAAAAGUAAUAUUCAUUCAGAUACUUUGUUUAACUUUGAAAAAGAAAGUGAAAAAAAAAUAAACUCACAUGGUACGACAUACGACUACACCUCAAUAAUGCAUUAUGCUUGGAAUGCAUUUGCUAUAAAUACAGAGUCUCCAUCAAUCAUCACUCUAAACAAAGAAUACCAGUACCACAUUGGGCAAGAUGAAGGAUUUUCCAAAACAGACGUUAUACAGUUAAACAAAAUGUACAAAUGUUCUGGAAAUUAUCCGUCACCACCAGAAUACGUCAUUGUUCCAGGAUGCUACAAUACGGGUGGAGGAUGUGAAUUACUUGCUGCAGAGGGUAAUUGCAACAAACCAGAAUGGCAAUCAUACGUAACAAAAUCUUGCCGCAGAUCUUGCCGUGUUUGUGGUACUGGUGGAGGACCAAAAACCGAUAAACCAGUUACAGCAGGGCCAAAAACUCCUAUUCCGCCAACAGCAGGAACUGCAUGCGUAGAUAAACACACAAAUUGUAUUAAAUUCCUGAAAGAUUGCAAAGUACAUCCUGAUUACUACAAAGAUAAUUGUAAAAAGACUUGUGGUUUUUGUUAGUGUAUAUACUGUAAACUUCUAUUAUUAAAGUACUUAAUAUAUUGCUUCAAAAAAAUAAA